UCACUUCUGAAGGUCCAGAAAUUCCUUGUUUCCUGCUGUUAUUUAUAGUAUGCUGCUUGUUUAAACCAAAGGUGAAGUUAAUUGACACUUAGCCAGGCAAUUUCGAUUACCUGUGUGGCUUCUCUUUGGAAGAACAUGGGUUGUAGACAAGUCUAAGAACAGAAAAUGUUAAAAUCCAGUUAUCUCAGAAAAACUUGGGUUCAUCUCCUACCUCCCAUAUGCCACAAAAGACGCAUGGGAUGUGAAACGGUAACCUCUGGGUAAGGUGACAAAAGGUACUCUAUUCUUGGCUUACGUGGACUACAUGGUUAAUCCACUGAAUAACAACCGGAAUUUUCAUCUGUGUGAUAGGAGAACCAGAGGCAAGAAGGGUAGCGUGAUGGCUAAAAGUACUUUGUUUCUAUUACACUACGACCUUGGACUAGUUACAAAACUUUUUGUGCCUGUAUUUCCUAAUCCCUAAAAUGGGGUUAACAGUGCUUGCCUCUUUUUAAAAAAAUUACUCAAUGAUGCUUACUAAAGCAUGGUAAGGAAGACUUUAUUCAGGACCAACGCGAUGGGUACAGGGAUCAGGGAAACUCGGUCUUGCAGAGGGGAGAGAGAGAGAGUGGGCUCAACUCUGAAUGCAGCAUGGGCAAGUAGGAAUUUAUGGCCAUGUAAAAUCACUAAGAAGAACCAUCGGGGUAAGAGGGAUUCUGGCUAAACCGAUCUAAAGGAUUCUUGUAGAACUCAGGCCAGAGUGAAAAGACAUGACUGGGGGAUAAAGAUGAAGAACCUGAUCUGCUACGAGGGGAUGGAGGUUCUGUGCUAGAAUUGGAUUUUACAAGGAAGUGCACAGAUGGGCCUAGCAGAAGAUUCAGAAGCCUGACUAAAGUUUGGCCAAGCAAAGAAUCUUUGUCACCUCAGGGCUGUUGUGAGAAUUUUAGGAGACACACCCACCAGCCUUGGCAUGGGACCUGAUAAAGAAUAAGUGUUCACUAAACUUUACCUAUUAACAUUAAAGCACUUUAAGCUGACAAACACUCCACUUACAGAGCUUUUAAUGGGGCAAGCAAGGGGCAGUGGCCUCAGCUGCAGGGUACUCAAUCUCUAAGAAAGGCUGCUGGAUAAAACUGCAUUUGCAGAGCCACUGGCUGGAGGGCGGAGAACCGUGUGUGUGUAAAGGGAUGGGAAGUGCAGAAGGCACGGCCCCCGCCCACCGCAGAUAGUUGCUAAAGGGUCUCCCAAGCACUCAGCCUAGCCUUUGAAAGCUGAGCAAACAUUUAAAGAAAUGAGAUAGGGUUAAGGUGUUCGCCUGCCCUCGGCUACAACACGUGGGGACAGGUCAAGCGCACACCACAAACGCCCAUAUCGCGCCUGUGUGUACCAGGCACCGUCCUCGGAGGUUUACGUGCAUCAACUCACUCAAAGCAUCGGGUCCCCACUUUCAGCACAGGCAGCCGGCCCAAGGUCACGCAGCGCGAAGGGACUGAAUCAGACCCGAGCCCGCGCGCCGCGGCCCACGGCCUGUGCCAGCGCGCCCCUCGCCGGGUAGGGGGCCUGGUCAGCCGUGCCAGACCUGAGGGUUGUGACUGGGGGCGCAAGCGUCACCCCUCUACCGACCCCGAGCAGGAAUGUUCCAGAACCCCCGCGAGCAGCCGUUGGCCGCAGAGCCCCCGGGCCGGCCACGACCCCGCCUUCCGCCGGGAAGGUCCCUAGUGCCGGGGAGUCGCGGGCGAGGGGCGCGCGCACGGACGAGACCGCACCGCAGCGCACGCGCACUGGCUGGCACUCACUCUCCCGCCGCCCGGGAGGAGAAGGAAGGCAUAGAAAGUUCCAGCCGGUUCGAGCGCUAGGGUUGGUACAGUAGGCUUCACUAGACUUAGCUGCAACUCAGAAUUUCUCCUCCAGCACCUGAGUAAAUGCUGAUGGUCUUGUGGAGAGUGGAUUAAGAGUACGAGCUAAGUUCUCAAUCCCAAUUAAGAAGCGGAAAAUUUAAACUGUCUUCUUCAAAGUUUAUCACAACCACCACCAUCAAGACAGCAAACCAAAGGACAAAGACUUUGACCUGCUGUGUUGCUCUGUGUAGUCCAGUUCACGUAUGGUUUACAGACUUGGCUGGGGUUACUAAAAAUAAAUAAAGUUGGACACUUCUGUCAUUGGACGCUAUUAUUCACAAGUUACCAGAAUGAGAGCUGUACUGGACACAGCAGACAUUGCCAUAGUGGCCCUGUAUUUUAUCCUGGUCAUGUGCAUUGGUUUUUUUGCCAUGUGGAAAUCUAAUAGAAGCACCGUGAGUGGAUACUUCUUGGCGGGGCGCUCUAUGACCUGGGUAGCAAUUGGUGCCUCUCUGUUUGUGAGCAAUAUUGGGAGUGAGCACUUCAUUGGGCUGGCAGGAUCUGGAGCUGCAAGUGGAUUUGCAGUGGGCGCAUGGGAAUUCAAUGCCUUACUGCUUUUACAACUUCUGGGAUGGGUUUUCAUCCCAAUUUACAUCCGGUCAGGGGUAUAUACCAUGCCUGAAUACUUGUCCAAGCGAUUUGGUGGCCAUAGGAUUCAGGUCUAUUUUGCAGCCUUGUCUCUGAUUCUCUAUAUUUUCACCAAGCUCUCAGUGGAUCUGUAUUCGGGUGCCCUUUUUAUCCAGGAGUCUUUGGGUUGGAAUCUUUAUGUGUCUGUCAUCCUGCUUAUUGGCAUGACUGCUUUGCUGACUGUCACCGGAGGCCUUGUUGCAGUGAUCUACACAGACACUCUACAGGCUCUGCUCAUGAUCAUUGGGGCACUUACACUUAUGAUUAUUAGCAUAAUGGAGAUUGGAGGGUUUGAGGAAGUUAAGAGAAGGUACAUGUUGGCCUCACCCGAUGUCACUUCCAUCUUAUUGACAUACAACCUUUCCAACACAAAUUCUUGUAAUGUCUACCCUAAGAAAGAAGCUCUGAAAAUGCUGCGGAAUCCAACAGAUGAAGAUGUUCCUUGGCCUGGAUUCAUUCUUGGGCAGACCCCAGCCUCAGUGUGGUACUGGUGUGCUGACCAAGUCAUCGUGCAGAGGGUCCUUGCAGCCAAAAACAUUGCUCAUGCCAAAGGCUCUACUCUGAUGGCUGGCUUCUUAAAGCUCCUGCCAAUGUUUAUCAUAGUUGUCCCAGGAAUGAUUUCCAGGAUACUGUUUACUGAUGACAUAGCUUGCAUCAACCCAGAGCACUGCAUGCUAGUGUGUGGAAGCAGAGCUGGUUGCUCCAAUAUUGCUUACCCACGCCUGGUGAUGAAGCUGGUCCCUGUGGGCCUUCGGGGCUUAAUGAUGGCAGUGAUGAUUGCAGCUCUGAUGAGUGACUUGGACUCUAUCUUUAACAGUGCCAGUACCAUAUUCACCCUUGAUGUGUACAAACUUAUCCGCAAGAGCGCGAGCUCCCGGGAGUUAAUGAUUGUGGGGAGGAUAUUUGUGGCAUUUAUGGUGGUGAUCAGCAUAGCAUGGGUGCCAAUCAUCGUGGAGAUGCAAGGAGGCCAGAUGUACCUUUAUAUUCAGGAGGUAGCAGAUUACCUGACACCCCCAGUGGCAGCCUUGUUCCUGCUGGCAAUUUUCUGGAAGCGCUGCAAUGAACAAGGGGCUUUUUAUGGUGGAAUGGCUGGCUUUGUUCUUGGAGCAGUCCGUUUGAUACUGGCCUUUGCCUACCGUGCCCCAGAAUGUGACCAACCUGAUAACAGGCCAGGCUUCAUCAAAGACAUCCAUUAUAUGUAUGUGGCCACAGGAUUGUUUUGGGUUACGGGACUCAUUACUGUAAUUGUGAGCCUUCUCACGCCACCUCCCACAAAGGAACAGAUUCGUACCACCACCUUUUGGUCUAAGAAGAACCUGGUGGUGAAGGAGAGCUGCUCCCCGAAAGAGGAACCAUACAAAAUGCAAGAAAAGAGCAUUCUGAGAUGCAGUGAGAAUAAUGAGACUAUCAACCACAUCAUUCCCAAUGGGAAAUCUGAAGACAGCAUUAAGGGCCUUCAGCCUGAAGAUGUUAAUCUGUUGGUAACCUGCAGAGAGGAGGGCAACCCAGUGGCAUCUUUAGGUCAUUCAGAGGCAGAAACACCAGUUGACGCUUACUCCAAUGGGCAAGCAGCUCUCAUGGGUGAGAAAGAGAGAAAAAAAGAAACGGAGGAUGGAGGUCGGUACUGGAAGUUCAUAGACUGGUUUUGUGGCUUUAAAAGUAAGAGCCUCAGCAAGAGGAGUCUCAGAGACCUGAUGGAGGAGGAGGCUGUUUGUUUACAGAUGCUAGAAGAGACUCGGCAAGUUAAAAUAAUACUAAAUAUUGGACUUUUUGCUGUGUGUUCGCUUGGAAUUUUCAUGUUUGUUUAUUUCUCCUUAUGAACUUAAGGAUAUGGUGAGACACUAACUUAAGACAAUACUGACUGGUCUUUGGGGAAAAAAAGUUAUGUAACUGUUGCAUCUCUCAGGCAUUGUUUACGCUGUAGGUUUUAGCCAAAUUUUACUUAGCAGAAAAUCAUCUAUUUACAAGACUUUAUUUUCCCGGAGAUGGAUGAAAGUAAAUCUUCAACUUAAGUGAAGCAAAACCUAACAGACUGAAUUGUGCAAAUGUGGUUUUAAAUUUUGCAUACCAAAGUAAGGAGAGACCAAUUAUUCUCACAGAGCACUUAGAGCAGAAUAUAUGUUACGUUACCAUGAAUUAAGGUAUACUGUCUGCACUGCCGAGUCUUGGCAGACCUUCUUACCCUGAAGUAGAAGAUUUGCUCAUUUCUAAAUUUUUUUUCUGUCUCUGUAAGCCCUCCUACCAUUAAGAAAAACUUAUUUCUUAGACAUUGUACUAUUAGUUAUGUACUGAAAAUUGAAUGUGCUUGUGUGAUACUUGUUUCAGGACCAGUUUGUUUGCCAGGUUCAUUUUGUUAGCAUGAGCCUACGGAUUCUGAUUGCCAAAAGAAAGAAUGUUUUCCUGUAGGUAUUUUUGUACCACCAGUAUGGAAUGUUAGGGAAAAACUUUGUUCCAGUUCCUUUUUUUUUCUUUCUACUUUCAAGUUUAAGUGAACCAUACUGAAAUGACCAACAAGUCUGCCUGUAAAGUUACAUGUCAUGAUUGUAUUGUUAAUUGAUUAUGGGGGAGAAAAUGAAGUAAAUGUUGCUGAUGAUCCCCAUAUUUAUUGAUCAUAUUAAGGUUGUUCAUACAGUUUGGAAAGGACCAGCCCCUAAGCAGUGUUUAAUUAACUUACGCUAAUCAGAUGAUUACUCAUAUAUUCUGCUAAUUUUCUAGCUUUGUUCUUGUUAUUUGGAAAAAUUAUCAGCCAAAUGCCUUCCUAAGUGGAUCUAGUUGGAAGAUAUGUCCGGAAACCUAAAGAAAAAUUGACGCUGCCUUUGUGUGCUGGAUUGCUCUACUUGAUUAGAUCAUGAUAUAUCAAGGUUGAAUUUUUAGAGGGAAAAUUUAAUUCUCAUAUCUUAUUGCAUCCUUGCCGAGUUUUUCCCUGAUUUUUCUUUUCCUCAAAAGACUUGCCAUCUGUACACAACCUCUGUGUUUUUGUUAUAGUGACUUAGAGCAUGAGGAUAUUUCAAUGCAAGCUGGCCAUCAGUAACAGAAAACUCAGUGCGUACUUUGCUGUUGUUAGGUUGUCAAUAUAGUCUUUCUGUAGGAUGGAUAGCAUGUUUAAGAGGUGCCAAACAAGAACUUUUGGGGUUAGUAGUGUGUCUUGUGGAGGGUAUUACAGGACUGUGUAAUUAUAGGACUCUAACUUGACAUGGCUUGGCACCCACUUGCAGCUAGUGGGUGGGUACAGGGUACAAAAGAUGUUAGAGAAAAGCUCUGCAGAUUAUGUACUUCUGUGUCUUUGUGUGCUCAACACUGUCCUUUGUCCUCCAUGAAAGAUGAAGGAAGCAAAUUAUGUAUGUACUUUCUUUGACUUUCUUUAAUCUCUGAUACUUUUUAGAUUGCAUGAUUUUACUAGACUUGUAUUUAGGGAAAUUACUUUCAUAAAUACUUUUGUAGAUUUUGAACUCAGUCUUGUUUUUAAUUUUUUUGUAGUCUAUAAACUAGUUUCAUUAUGAUGGACUUGAUUAGUCCAAAGUUAAUUUUAGAGAUCAUCAGGUAGCAUAGUGUCUUCCCAUGAUCAGGAGGCUUUCUGAUGGACUGAGUCUGUAAAUGAAAAAAUAAUUUAUGUAUAUCUGAAGAGCUUAGACUGCUAGAGUGCCUUGUAGAAUUUUUUUGUCAGUUUUAUUCUUGAGGUUUAUAAUUUGGGGGCCAAAUAGAGAUCAUCCUUUUCUUGUUUGGAGGUUGAGGCUGCGACAUGUUCAAGGUUAUGAAGUCUUAUUUGGGAAGAACAGAAACCAGGUCUCCAAAUCUGGUCUUAUGGUUUGUUUAGAUGUGUCUGGACAAAUGGUUUGUCAAUGUUUUGUCCUAUUUUCUCAAAGGAACUGUUCUUCCUUUGGGACAACCUUACGGUGUUUGGGAAAGUAAUAAGAUCCUGGAUUUUUCAAAUUAACAUUAAGUUGUAAGAACUAAAAUUUUCUUUGAACAACACUGCUUUUUAAUUUGGUGAUAAUUGACAUAUUGGCUGGGCAGCCUUUCUGUCUCUUCCAUAUCCAGCGUAAAUGAAUAGGAGGUGUUUGUGAUUUUUUUUUUUUCCUCCCUUUAUUUAACAUUGAGUCCUAAUAGUUUGGAGAAUUAGGGUCCCUCUACCUUCUUUCUGCUCUUAGUAAGAUACAUAAGGUACAUCAUCUUGUGUCUGUGUGUAUAUAGCAGUAGGUCAAGUUUAGAGUACUAAAGUCUGUAAAUAAGGAAUGACUAUUAGCAUAUUCAUUAGAGUUGUUUAUUCUUGCCAGUAUAAACAUCACUUUAUUUAGACUAAAGUCCCUGAAGCUUGUCUUUCUUAUUGCUUCCCAGUAAUAGAUAAUGUGCUCAAGUAAGUUUGUGAAUUGCUGAUUGCAACUUCAUUCAGGGACCAGUCUCCAGUCUAUAUUUCAUUAGAAUGAUUGUUCCUGGAAUGAUACAUGGACUGUCUUAAGCUAGCAAAGUGUUCAUACUUUACACUGAUUAAAUGGAUCCUAAAUGAUGACAUUGGUCUUUAGACAUUAACAUGUGUAUAUUUUUAUAUUAGCUCAAGCUAAGGUUCAGAAUUGAAGGUUGAUAUUGACUAGAAUAGCUAAAAGUCAAAAUGAGGUGAGGACACUGGUCUUGGAAGGUAGAGAAAAAUAAAUGUCUUACCAGGUGUUAAUGGUAUCCCCAGUUCUUAGACUUUUGUCUUCUCAGGAAAUUUUCGUCCCAAGAUCUGAUGAGAAGGGCGUAUUACAUUGGUAUGCAGGAUGAUUAUUGCGUAUUUUGUGGGACCUCUAAUUUCCCUGGUAAUCUUUAAGAAUAUUCUGUUCUGCCACCCCCAGAGAGUAAACACUUGAGCCACUUUCUUCUUCACCAGCUAUUCUUUCCCGGGGGUAAUUAUGCUUUGUCUUCAGAUAAGAGAAGCAUCAAGCAGUAGCAGUGGUGCUGUGUCCUUUGGCCUAAAUUCAAUAGAUCUUAUCUCCUAGGGCUUCCUUUUCACUUGGCUCAAAGGAUCUAUUGUCUUUGGCACAAAGAGGCUGGCCAGGGUCAUGUAGCCGUAGCUUUUAGGGAUGGUACCUCAAGAAAUUAGCUGGGACCUAUCACUCUGAAACUUCACAUUUUAAGAACUGAGUCGAGGGAGUUGUUAUGCACUUCUGUAACCUGAGGCUAAGCAAGGGGUUCAGUCUUGUGAGGGCCAAUUGAGUGUGUCUGUAUUCGCAGUCCAUGGCUUAUUUCUCUAUAGUGGGCAUAUGGAUCUUCCCCUCUGACUUUGAAUAUCAUUUGGUGUAGCCUAUGGGUUAUUUUCAUUCUUUAUCACCAAGUAAAGUGGCUUACUGGCUACUCAGUUAUUUGCUACUCAAAGGUUAGAUCUUCCCUGUUCCUGCUUGGCAGUGUUAAAGCUUACAGGGUUACCUUAUGUUGAUUCCCCUGGCUCAUUUUCAUCAGAGGCAUGAUGACUGGAAGGGGAUCACAUGGGUCGCUGGUGGUGACACCUCACUAUUUCCUAGGUUUGAGUAGAGAGAUGUACACAACACCAUUCCUGUUAAAUUAUGUGACCACAGAGACUUGCCAGGACAAAAUUUUCCUAAGAAAUCAGAAAAAUGAUUGAGAUAAGUACCUGGGUGACACAGACAUUAGCCCGUUGGUAAAAGACAACAAAUAUUAGUUUAAAAUCUGCAUAUGUAGAAUCAUUUUCGUUGGAUUCUAGAGCUUGAAGCACCUUGAUUCUCAGCUACUUUAAACUCCUCCCCAUAUAAAUUAGGGCACUAAUAAAUAAGAUUCAGCUUGUUAAACCCUGAUUUGAUGUCUGAGCAUUAUAAAGUACAAAGUUUGUUAAUACAGUAGAGAUAAUUUAGUAGAAAAAUGCUUUGAGGCUUCAAUAUUUGUAAGAUUUUGCAUUAGCCAGGUGCUAGGUUGUUGAAGGCAUUUCAUUGUUGAUAAUAGCCUGAGCAGACUUCUUUACAAAUGGGAUAUAUUUCUAUAUGUGUAUAUGCCCACUUACCAUUCAGAGAGACUGGUCUUUCUCUUUGUCUUCCUUCACAUUACUGUGUCAGUUCUACACCUAGUCUUUUCAGCACUUAGCAAAUUCAAAUUUUGAUUUGUCAGCUUAGUUCACUUUAAGGCAUAUUCGCAUGAUGUGUGAAAGUGCCAUUUUGCCCCAGGAUUGAGGACUUUUAGAUCCAAAUAAUGAUUCAUUAAAUAUAAUUAUGCUUUAGGUAUACUGCGUUUCUGUUAGCUUAAAAUGUUAAUUCUCGAGAAUGAUUUUCUCACACUUUGUGUUGGCUAAUAAUAAAAGCACUAUUUUAUUCUCAGAAUUCCUUUUUCAAAAAUUAGGGAUAGAGCAGUAGUGAUCAUUUAUGUGAGCCCCUUUGAAUUGAUGGUGUCAGAGUGCAGAGAAACAAUGGAGUUUGUUUUGAUGCCAAAAAAAGUUUUUUUUUUUCAGUAAAAGUAAAAAUUUGGGAUUAGUUGGCAUACAGAGGAACCCUUUUGUACUGGAAGGUAUGGGGCUGGACUGUGAAAAAGUAAUCUUUCGAUUGCUAGACUUGGUUAACUUAGGACUGCAAAUCUUUUUCUUCUCUCCAGGUCACUUAAAAUGGAAUGUUUUUGUCAGACUGUCCUCUGUUGGAAUACUUUAGCUGUUCAGCUACUUAUAAUGUUUUUAUUUAAACUUCUCUCUCUCCGAUGCUGGGAAUAAGGCUUUAAAUUACUGAUUCACCUUUAAAGGAAUGUUGUGAGAAUUGAUGUAAUUUGUGUUUCUGUUUCCAUCUAAACUUCUUUAUAAAAAGAGGGAUUAGUUUUUUUGUUUUGGGGUAAGCACCUAAUUUAUCUGGUAACCAACAACCCUAACCAUUGGCAUACAGUCUUUCAUUCAGAAAUAAACAAAAACUGUUUGGUGUAUCUGUAUGAUUGCUAAUCUUGUACACUUUACUUUUUGGGCAGUACCAUACAUAGUCUGAGGCUGUUGACUUAAACCAAUAACCUUACUUUAUGUAAUGACUCUUAAAUUUGGUUACCUGGGUUCACAGCCUGGUUGAAGAGAAAGGAUGCUGGAAUAAAGUAAGCAGCUGAAGAGCAAGCAAAUCAAGACAAAA